AGGAAGAGACGUGCGAUCAUGUUGGCAGCCCUGUCCUGGCACACGCUGGGGGAAAGACGAGUGACUUUACAGAGUGAAUAUUUUUGGUGAUUUAACCUUCCUGGCACCAUGCCGAGCCACUACCAUUCAGACUACAGCUUCGGCUCUUCAGGAGGAGGGGGAGGAGGAGGAGGAGGAUACAGGGGCAGCACCUCCAGAAUGGGGGCCACGGUUGACUAUGGCCACCACAGCAUGGGAGGGGCUCGGGGCACUGGGUACUCCUCAGGGUCAUCCAUCUCUGCCUCAAGGUACCGUGAUGGCGGCGGGGGAGGUGGCGGUGGCGGCGGUGGCAUGUACGGCAGUGGUGGAGGUGGCGGAGGAGGCGGUGACUAUGGCAUGAGCAGGGGUGACCGCAGUGGUGGUGGUGGUGGUGGCGGUGCUGGAAGUGGAGGUGGUGCUGGAGGCCUCAUGCCGUAUCCAUCCUCAUCCUACUCUGGCUCUCUGGGACGGCCGGGCAGCCCCAGCCUCCCCUCAGGCGGCCAGGGCUACUCCAGCUCAUCGUCACGGCCGAGUUACGACGCACCGCCCAUCUCUCGCUCCACGUACGGCGAAAACACCUUCUCCUCGCGCUCCUCCUUCGACGGUGGUAUGUCACGCUCGUCGUACAGCGCCCCGUCACGAUCCAGCUAUGACAAGAGUUCAUCGUCGCGGUCAAACUAUGAUUCUGCCCCCAGGCCAAGCUACGAAAGCUCUGCUCCUCGCCCUGGCUACGGCGGGGGUGCCUCUCGCCCUGACUACGACUCUGGGGGUCCCGCACGCUCCCGCUUCGAUGAGAGUGCCGGGCCACGCGGGAACUACGAAGAAGGUGCCAUGUCGCGGCCCAGCUAUGAUGACAGGCCUGCCCCAAGCUACGAAGGUGGUGCCAUGUCUCGCUCACACUUCGACACACCCGAGAUCCCUGCCCACUCCGGCUACAAUGACGGCCCACCCGCCCGCCCCAGCUACGGCGGCUCUCGCGACCCUGAUCCUGGCUAUGGGGGCGGCUUCCAGGACUCAAACUUUGGCAACGGGCCGGGCUAUGGUGCGUCAUCCGGGGGCGCUGACUACAGGGACAGCAUGAGGGAUGAACCAGGCUACAGGGGCUCUAGCAGGGGCCAUGACAGCUCUGGAGGUGGCUCUGGCAUGCCCUAUAACAGGGGCCACGGGUUAAUGGGUGCUUGGGAGGACAAUGCAGGGCCACAGAUUCCCCCGGCGGCCCCAGCUCCACCCAGGGACAGCCACCACUCCAUGCCAGCCCCCAGAGGUCCCGGCGGGGGUGGCGGCAUGAUGGACCGAGCACCAGAGAGGGACAGGGGCAUGGACAGCCUUCCGCCACAACGUGGAUCAACGGACAUCAUUGGGGCGGUGAACCAGCUGACGCAGAUGGCCAACCCAGAGUCUGAGAUUGCUCUGAAUAUCCUGAACGCUGUGCUGAGGAAGCCCCAGCCUGAGCGCCGAUCCAGGUGGGAUGACGAGCCAGCCCCUAAGAUGAGGCGCAGUGACUGGGCUGGGGCCCGAGACUCUCACCACGGCGAAGCCAUGCGUCCGCCGCCACAGCCACGCAAGUUCCCCCCGUCGGACCGCCACCACGCCCGGCAGACCUGGGAGGGCCAGGGCUCCCAGCAGGUCUGGGCCAACCGCCCGGUGUCCCUCAUUGCCCACGAACAGUACAGUCGGAAGGUUCUCAAGCCCAGGCGCGGCAAGGCCCGGCCAGAGACCAGCCGGGAGGCCACCCGGGGCCCCGCCAAGGACCAGCGCAGACCACGCAGCGACUCAGAGACAGCGGCCACCACGCCAGGGACGGCACAGGGCCACAAGGGGGCCGCCUCAGACCCCACCCAGAGUGCGUCGGGCGAGGAGAUGGCCGUCGCUACGGUUGAUUCCCACAUCCCACCAGGCAUCCCCGCGCGUCUGUAUGUGCCCAACGAUGUGCUUCUCUGCCACAUGUGCGAUAUCAACAAAUUCGGCAGCGUUGGGACAUACCUCCGCCACCUGGAGCUGCCCGAGCACUACGAGGCAUCGCGUGCCUUCCAUGCCGUGGGUGCCGCCGUCAUGGAGCUGCUGCUCAUCGAGGCAAAGCUGGCCUCCCUGCGUGCCGGCGAGCCUGGCUACUCCCAGUACCACAAGUGCCGUCGGUGCCAGGUGUUCGCCAACCUGAAGGAGCACAACAACAGUCUGGAGCACCUGCUGGUCUCACACUUCAUGAAGGUGCGCUGCUGCAAGCGUCCCUUUGCCACGCGCGCCGAGCUGGAGGAGCACAAGCUGUCCCUCCACCACUACCGCUUUGUGCAGAAACACGGCGUGGCAGAGCCGGUGCUGACCAAGGACGAGGAGGCGGAGAAGCAGCGCAAGGAGGAUGAGGCGCUGCAGGUGCUGGAGGAGGUGCACCGCAAGCAGGUCAACAAGGAGGAGCCGCCACUAACAUCCGCCACCCUGCCGCCCUUUGACCCUGAGAAGCCUGUCGGCCUGCACCUCAUCCACCGUCGGUCGUUCUACAAGUGUGCCGUGUGCCCUGAGAACAAGCUGAAGCUGACCAACGAGAUGCUUGUCAAGACACACUUCCACUCCGUCACCCACCACAACAACCUCAACUCCUAUGCUCGGGAGGUCUUUGAGGCUAAGAGGAAGCUGAAGGAGGAGAAGAAAGCCCUGGAGGAGAAGAAGAAGGAGGAGGAAAAGAAGACGACCAAGGCCAUAGAAGGGAAGGAGGAGAAGGACGAGAAGAAGGUGAAGACAGAAGAGGAAAAGACAAAGGAGGAAAAGGAUGAUGCUGUGAAGAAGGAAGUUAAGGAGGAGGAGGAGGAGGAGGAGAUGGAGCAUGAUGGACUCCCAGAUGAUGACGUUUCGAUGAUGGAGUUGGAAGCUGGUGAAGGCGAGGAGCAAGAAGAGGAAGAGGAGGAUGAAGGAGAGGAGCAGGAACACCAGGAAGGAGAGAAGGAGGAGGAGGAGGAGGAGGAAGAACAAGAGCAGCAGGAGGAGGAGGAGGAGAAGAAAGCAGAUGAUGUGGUGGAAGUUCCCAAUGGAAAGGACGAGGGUGACAGGGGGGCCAAGGUGAACGGAGGAGUGCCAGCCGUCAAGACAUCACCCGCCAAGACUCCAGCACCUCCAACAGCCAUCAAGAAACCUACUCCAGUCUCUGCCAAACCCACUACUCCUCAAGCUGUCCCUAAACCCAUCACACAAAGCACUCCCAAGUCCACUCCUCAAGGCAUCCUCAAACCCACCACUCCCCAGACUGCCGUAGGAGCCAAGACCACACCCCAACCAUCGCCUGCAGCUAAGGGUGGUCCACAAGCUGCCAAAACCACCCCACAAACCAAGCCUGCCACGCCGCAAUCUCCCGGAGUCAAGACCCCGGCUCAAGCCACUGCCAAGGCCCUCACACCACAGUCACCGCAAGCCACGAAACCCGCCACACCACAGUCACCACAAGUCUCGAAAGCGGCCACACCGAUGCCCCCAGGUGUGAAGGGGAUACUGAGGGCCUCACCAGCGACCAGGAGCACUCCACAAUCCCCUGCAGCUACCAAGACUACACCACAAUCCCCUGCAGCUGCCAAGGUGACUCCACAAACCCCUGCAGCUGCCAAGGUGACUCCACAAUCCCCUGCAGCUGCCAAGGUAACUCCACAAUCCCCUGCAGCUGCCAAGGUAACUCCACAAUCCCCUGCAGCUGCCAAGGUGACUCCACAAUCCCCUGCAGCUGCCAAGACAGCUCCACAACCCCCUCCAGCUGCCAAGACAACUCCACAAUCCCCUCCAGCUGCCAAGACAACUCCACAAGCACCAGCAGUGACCAAGACAACUCCACAAGCACCAGCAGUGACCAAGACAACUCCACAAGCGCCAGCAGUGACCAAGACCACUCCACAAGCCCCAGCAGUGACCAAGACCACUCCACAAGCACCAGCAGUGACCAAGACCACUCCACAAGCCCCAGCAGUGACCAAGACCACUCCACAAGCCCCAGCUGUGACCAAACCCACUCCACAAGCCCCAGCAGCGACCAAACCCACUCCACAAGCCCCAGCAGCGACCAAACCCACUCCACAAGCCCCAGCAGCGACAAAACCCACUCCACAAGCACCCACACCAGCUACAAAGACCCCGACAUCAACCCCAGCAGCCACACCCACACCCGUCAAGGCUACACCCACUCCCUCGGCCAUCCCUGCCAAGUCCACGCCCACGACCAGAGGCACAGCGAUCCGAGGCACACCCCGCGGCAGAGGCAGGGCUCGUGGGCGCGGCCGUGGCGGAAAUAAAUAAAUUAACAAGUAAACAAGACAUUCCUGAACCAGCAGUUGUGAUGUUAGCAGUCUGUGUGGGGCCAAUCAUGUGUUUGGCAUGUGGUGUUGCUUCUGUAUGUGUGUACUAUGUUUAAUAUGAAGGAUAUUGGUUUGAAGCCCUAGAAUUCAUACCUGUUCUAUCUAGCUUGGUUACUCUAUAAGGCAUUACCAAAGGAAGGAAUAACAUUGCUUCUGUGUGUGUAUCCUAUGUUAAACUGAAAGGAGUUGGUUUGAAGCCCAAGGAACUGUACUGACUAAAGGAACCCAUACCUGUUCUAUCUACAUUUGUUAUUUUAUAAGGCAUUACCAAAGGGAGAAAUUACGUCGCUUCUGUAUGUGUGUCCUGCGUUAAACUGAAAGGAAUUAGUUGGAAGCCCCAGGAACUGUACUGACCAAAGGAAUCCAUACCUGUUCUAUCUACAUUUGCUACUCUUAUGGCAUUACUAAAGGGAGAAAUAACGUUGCUUGUGUGUGUGUGUCCUAAGUCAAACUGAAAGGAAUUGGCUUGAAACUUGUAUGAAAUAUAAGAAUAAACUUGCAUAAGAGGGAAUGAAUACGUAUCCUAUCUAGCUUUGUUACCCUACUGGACAUUACUAAAGGGAGACGUCAUUUAAAUCAUGAGUAUAGGAAUUAUAACUACGAUUAGGCUGGAGAACUUGUACAAGAUAUAAGAAUAAACUUGCAUAAGAGGGAAUGAAUACAUGUUCUAUCUAGCUUUGUUACUCUAUAAGGACAUUACUAAAGGAAGAAGUUACAUUAAUACAGUUAGGAAAUUAAGGUUUGUCUGCCCUGGUCAAAGGAGUGAGUUUUUAUUUACCAAUACCUGUUCUAGCUUUGUUACUCUACUGGACAUUACUAAAGGAAGAAGUCACAUUAAUUCAAUAAGUUAGGAAAUUACUCUUAAGUCUGCCCUGUAUUCUGUGCCCUGGCCAGAGGAAAGAGCGUACUAUCUAUAAACAACUGCUAUGUCGAGAUUUCUUACUCUGUUGGGUAUCACUAAAGGAAGAAAUCACAUUAAUGCAAUAAAAUUAGGAAAUUACUCUAAACCUGCCCUGAAUUCUGUGCCCUGGCCAAAGGAAAGAGUGUACUGUCUAUUAAUACCUGCUAUGUCAAGAUUUCUUAUUCUUGAACAUUACUAAAGGAAGACAUUACAUUAAUACACUGCAAUAGUUAGGAAAUUACUUUUAAAGAUUUGUCUGCCUUGAAUUCUGUGCCCUGGCCAAAGAAGUGAGUGUUACAUAGCUUCAAUAAUACCUCUGAUAGACCGAAAAGUUGGGGGCUGAGGGGCUAAAUGUGCUUGGCUUACAAGUUCGGUCCCAGCUCACGGUGGCUGCUUGGGGAGAGAAGGCAUUCAUAUAACCCUUAGUAGAGCUGUAUGGUCUUUGCUACCUGGCUUGGGGGAUCCUCUAACUCACUAACAGUAGAUGCCAUUGUACAUUACUGACCACACUCCCUCCUCAUAUAUAUAUAUAUAUAUAUAUAUAUAUAUAUAUAUAUAUAUAUAUAUAUAUAUAUAUAUAUAUAUAUAUAUAUAUAUAUAUAUAUAUAUAUAUAUAUAUAUAUAUAUAAAAUCUUCCUAUCUCUCCUAAGGGCUGUAAUUUUCUGUCCCUUUCUAUCUUUUGUUUCCUCUCAAGAUCCUGAGCUAUAUACGUAUAUUCCUGCCCUCACCUCUGUGCUGACUGACGGAAUACCUGUUAUAAGUUCUGUUCACCUCCUGGGCAAUGCUAAGGAUAGACCACUUGACUACAAUAUAUAGGAAAUGACUAAGGUGUGAUUUUCUGCCCCAGCAUCUGUUAGUACCUGUUCUACCCUAGUUUUGUUAAUUACUGGGCAUUACUAAAGGACGGAUGGCUACACUGUACUGCAAUAAACAUGAUUUACUCUAAGGUGUAAUUUUCUGGCCUGGCUUGUGUUGGCAUUACUGAACAAACAAAUAGGAAGUUAAUCAAGGUUCAGCUCCCUAUCCUGACCUGGUGACUGCCUGUUCUAUGCAGUUUCUUUCAACCUGCUAAUAUUACUGGCCACUGUACAUCAAUAUACACUUUUUAAGAAUCAGUUUAGAUUAUAAUGAGUAAUUCUUCCGGCCUGGUAUCUGCCCUGACCAAAGAAAUCCCUGUUCGUUUUAGUUUGAGUAAAUACGCAGCACCCCCAAGGCUGCACCACACUAGGCAAGGCACAACCAGCUGAUUCAAGACCUUAUGCGGACUCUUGGAAGUCUAUACGUAAUAAUCUCUGAAUGGCAGGUCGUGUACGGUGGAGACGCUGGGAAUGGACCUGUCUUGACUUGCCUGGUGUUGAUGCAGCCCUGAGGUGAAUACCAAUAACCUCGGCUUUCAAUGAGGUCAAUUAAAUCUCUGUGUGUGUGUGGUGUUGGCUGCUGGAGGAAUGACAUAUGCAAGUAUCUAUUUCUACGGACGGUUUUCUUCUAUAUAUUUGAUUUGUGUGAUAUUUCUCGCUGCUUCUGUUUUUGAAAGUAACAAAGAGAAGUUACUUUCCUUCAACAAUAUCUUAUGUAUUCUCCCAAACAUAAUAAAGGUUUCUUAGGAUGAUAAAAUGAUGUAACCGUUUUCCUAGUACGUCAGUGAUGGAAAUGGAGUUAAUGAAUGGAAUUUAAUGUGUCAUGAAGGAAUAUACUUAGAUUGUUACAACCCAAACAACAGAGCUGGAUUGAGUCAUGGCACACAGACAGCCCUGAGACACCACAUAUUGUAAAGCCUUGUGUGGUAGUCCCAGGGCUGUGGUGUUUCCCUGUACAGCCCCUUGUGUCAAUCCAGGCCCAAGGACACCACAUAUUGUAAAGCCUUGUGUGGUAGUCUCAGGGCUGUGAUAUAUUCCUCUAUGCCCCCUCUUGUCAAUCCAGGCCCUGAGACAUCACACUAUACAGUCUUGUGUUGUCCCAGGGCUGUGGUAUAUCCCUGUAUGCCCCCUCUUGUCAAUCCAGGCCCUGAGACAUCACACUAUACAGUCUUGUGUUGUCCCAGGGCUGUGGUAUAUCCCUGUAUGCCCCCUCAUGUCAAUCCAGCCCUGCUCCAAGACUCCCUUCCUCCUUGUCUGUUAGAUAAUCCCGUACUACAGUUCAUAUUCAAAAAGGACUAAACUACACUGUACUUACCAAGCUGUCAAAUACAUGUGCCGUAUCUUGUAUCAUUUUUGUACAUGGAUGCCUUGGGUUACAUAUCACGGACUAUACUGUAUGUGUGCGUGUAUGUGUAUGGGGCAGUCUGACAAUCCCACACAGCCAUUGUAAGCACACAAACCAAACUAUAUUCACAAUGAUCUGCUCUUCUACCCAAUACCAGAUACUAAAGAGAAUUCCUGUGCAUUUUCUACAGUUUCCUUCUUUUUAUAUCAAUGCCAAACACUGUAGCACAAGGAAUUUUCGUAGUAGUAUUCCGUGUUUGGUUUGAGAGGUUACAAACUUGCUGUAUAGGACUGUAAGACUGGCCCUAUGUGUGUGUGUGUGCAUGUGUCUACAAGUGCCCAUAUUGAUGCUAGGAUUAAUAAUGUUUUUGUAAUUCCAAGUGCAUGAAGCUGUGGACAGAAACUGUUUGACCUUUAACUCUUUGUGAUGGGUUACUUUCUGUAGGGUAAGAUGUUAGCUCCUCUCCCUGCUAGUUCAUCUCCCAGAUUGUCUUCUCUCCCUUCCUCACUUCCCUUCUCUCCCUCUCAGUAUAUAUAUCCUUCUCUCCCUUUCUCCACUCUUUUCCCUCCCAUCCUUUCUCUCUUCCAAGCUAGUUCAUCUCCCAGGCUGUCUUCUCCCUCCCUCCCCCUCUCCCUUCCUCCCUUCCAUCUCUCCCUUUCCUGGUUACUUUAUCUCCCUCUCCUUUCCCUCUGUCCUCCCUUCUCCCUUCCAAGCUACCUCAUCUCCCAGGCUGUCUUCUUUCUCUCUCUCUCUCUCCCUGCCAGUUCAUCUGGGUUAUUCUCCCUCACACCCUCCUAGUUCAUUUUAUCUCUCCCUCUCUCUCUCUCUGCCUUCCUUACUUCACUCUCCCUUCCUCACCCUCCAUUCUCCUCCCACUUUCCUCUUCCUCCUUCACCCUUUCUCCCUUCUACAUCUUUCAUUCUUCUCCCUCGCCAGUUCUGUUCCUUUCUCUCCAUCCUUCACCCUCCACUCCUUCCUUUCUCCCUUCCUCACCCUCAAAUCUCCUUUACCGGUCUCUCCCUCUCCCUAGCCAUGUCUCUCCCUUCUACACCCUCCAAUCUACUCCCUAACUAAUCCAUUCCCUACUUCCUUCUCUCCCUCUCUUCCCCUUCCUCCUAGCCAAGACUUCCCAUGAGGACAGCAGUUACCCAUUCAUGAGUAAGGUGAAUCAGUGUUAGUCCUCAGCUGUGCCCGGUAAGGUUAGCAGUGAGUUAGUGUGUCAUUACUGUAGUGUUUGUAAGUGUUGGUGUGUGCACAGGCCUGCCCAGCCUCUCCGGAAGCCCUCACCACCCAGGCACGGGCAGCAAAAAAUGUAAGAAAAUAAUAAACAGCAUUUUCACUA